UGAAGAUGCAGGAAAAGCUUGCAAUAAAUAUUAAUCGUCGGCCUGCACACACUUCCGUUAUAAAUGUUAUUAUUGGACGUUAAUGUUAGUAAACAAACUGAAGGGUUUUCAUCAGAAAGAACUUAAUUUGCCAUAAAGAAGCGCUAUUGAUUCGCAAUGGAAGGUCAAGAGUUUAGCGAAAAUCUGGAGGAGAUCGAAGAUGAGACUUUCGACGGGGAGAAGUCCGCGAGAACCUCAGAUGAAAAUCGCAAACAGAACCACAGUGAAAUAGAGAAGCGACGGCGGGAUAAGAUGAACACGUACAUCAACGAGCUCUCCUCUAUGAUCCCCAUGUGCUUUGCGAUGCAGCGUAAACUGGACAAGCUGACGGUGCUCCGGAUGGCAGUACAGCAUCUACGGGGCAUCCGUGGCAGCGGCAGCUUGCAUCCCUUCAACGGAUCCGACUACAGACCGAGCUUUCUCUCGGACCAGGAGCUCAAGAUGAUCAUUCUGCAGGCGUCGGAGGGAUUCCUCUUUGUGGUGGGUUGUGACCGGGGACGCAUCCUGUACGUCUCCGACUCGGUUUCCAGUGUGCUAAACAGCACCCCGGCGGAUCUGCUGGGACAGAGCUGGUUCGAUGUCCUGCACCCUAAGGAUAUUGGCAAGGUCAAGGAGCAACUGUCGUCGCUGGAGCAAUGUCCCAGGGAAAGGCUCAUCGAUGCGAAAACCAUGUUGCCCGUAAAGACCGACGUUCCGCAGAGCUUGUGCCGCCUGUGUCCCGGUGCCCGACGUUCCUUCUUCUGCCGCAUGAAGCUACGCGCCGCGAACAACAACCAGAUCAAGGAGGAGUCGGACACAUCUUCCAGCUCUCGUAGCUCUACGAAACGCAAGUCCAGGCUGAGUACGGGCCACAAGUACCGGGUGAUCCAGUGCACGGGCUACCUCAAAUCAUGGACACCCAUCAAGGACGAAGAUCAGGACGGAGACAGCGACGAGCAUACAACGAACCUCUCCUGCUUGGUGGCAAUAGGUCGUAUUCCCCCCAACGUCCGCAACUCCACCUUACCCGCCUCGCUGGACAAUCAUCCGAACAUUCGCCACUUGCUCUUCAUCUCGCGGCACUCCGGCGAGGGAAAGUUUCUGUUCAUCGACCAGCGUGCCACCCUCGUGAUCGGCUUCCUGCCUCAGGAGAUACUAGGCACAAGCUUCUACGAGUACUUUCACAACGAAGACAUCGCCGCCCUGAUGGAGUCCCACAAGAUGGUGAUGCAGAUGCCGGAAAAGGUCACCACACAGGUCUACCGCUUCCGGUGCAAGGACAACAGCUAUAUUCAGCUGCAGAGCGAGUGGCGGGCCUUUAAAAAUCCCUGGACGAGCGAGAUUGACUACAUAAUUGCUAAGAACUCGGUCUUCCUUUAAUAUUUACUAUAAUCCAACAUUUUGAUACAGUUCCAAAGAUAAUCCAUCGUAUCGUGUUGCUGGCGCCGGCGAUUGAAAUUUCAUAUCCGAUGUACAAACACUACUUAUUGGAUAAGCUCAUCAUUUUUCUACCACAUCAAUUAAAUUAAUGUACAAAUUAAAAAAAAAAAAAAA